AUGGCUGAUAGCUUAAAGGAUCGACCACUCAAGACCACCUGUGCAGGAGACCCCAGCUACUACCCUGGGGAGGCUGCUGGCAGCUGCUGUUACCGCUGUCCCUCAGGCUUGUCUCCAACACAGCCAUGCCCACAGAGUCGUGCCCACUGCAGGAAGCAGUGUGAUCCCGACCACUAUGUGAAUGAGGAUGGGUACUGCACAGCCUGCGUGACCUGUUUGGAAGGUCUCGUGGAGAAGGCUCCAUGCUCCAGGAACUCUUCCCGCCUCUGUGAGUGUCAGCCUGGCAUGUACUGCAAAACGCCAGCUGUCAAUUCCUGCGCCCGCUGUAUGGCACACUCCCGCUGUCCUGGGGGGAAGGUGGUCAAGUUCCCAGGCACAGCGGAGAAGGACACCAUCUGUGAGUUUCCUUCCCCAGGAUCUGGCCCUGAUUGCUCCAAUCCAGAUGACUGCAAGACACUUACUAGCCACGACACUCCUCAGGCCACACCUACUCUGAAGUCCCUACCCACUGACGGUAUGAGGAGCACCCGCCUUGUGCAGGAAGAUGCUGCUGGACUGUCGCAUGUUCCAGAGUCUCCCUCUUCCCAGGCAAGGGAGCCCAACCCAGACCCAGAUAAUGCAGAGAUGAAUAUGACCUUGGAGCUGCCACCUCCAGGGACCCUCCCUGAUUUCAGCACCUCAGGAAACAGCGAGGAGCCUGCCAGUACCGCCUCUACCCAGAGCCUCCUGGGAGAUGCCCAGACCAGCAGUAGGAUGCAGCCUACCUCUCCCUUGUCCACAGGAACACCCUUUCUGGAUCCAGGGCCCAUGCUCUUCUGGGUGGCCAUGGUGAUGCUGCUGGUUGGCUCCAGCUGUUUCUUCCUGUGUUACUGGAAGGCCUGCAGGAGGCAGAUCCAGCAGAAGUUCCACCUGGACUACCUAGCCCAGACCUUCCAGCCGAAGAUGGAGCAGGUGGACAGUAGGAUCAGGAGUUCAAGGUCAUCCUCACAGCUGAAGAGAAGUGAGUCAGUGACAGAUCCCAUCACAGGACACAAGUCGAGCCCAGUGAACCCUCCAGCUGUGGAGACUUGUACCAAUGUUGGGGCGGCCUGCCUGGAGAGCCUGCCACUGCUGGAUGAAAGCACAGCUGGGAAUCCUUUGACCCCCAGGGAACCUCCAGAGCCCCGAGUAUCCACAGAACACACGAAUAACAGGAUUGAGAAAAUCUACAUCAUGAAGGCUGACACAGUGAUUGUGGGCUCUGUGAAGACCGAAGUCCCUGAAGGCCGGGCUCCAGCAGGAGCGACCGAACCUGAGUUAGAAGCUGAAUUGGAAGUGGACCAUGCCCCUCACUACCCGGAGCAGGAGACGGAACCACCUCUGGGCAGCUGCACUGAGGUCAUGUUCUCAGUAGAAGAAGGAGGGAAAGAGGACCACCGGCCCACGACUGUAUCCGAGAAGUGACAGCCAGUAUUAGCUGGGCUAGAGAGCAGCUGAGUGUACCCUGAGGACCAGGUUGGCUCCAAGCUGGGAACCUAUUGUGGCCUGAACUAAAGCCCCAGCAUCCAGUGGGAUAGCCCAGAAUGAAGCCUUCAGCUGCUACCAAGAACACUGGCUCCUGUGCCCCAGGAGUGGGCACUCACUGUCAGGCUAGUGUCUGCUAAGGGAGAAGAAGCCAGGGGCUGGUUUCAAGCCUCCUUGCCCACAUCCUUGUGCCCUGCCUUCUCUCCCUGGGUCUUAAGGGAUGGCUUUACUGGCAUGCUACCAGCCUCCAGUUGCUGUACACACAGCUCCCUGCGGGCACAGAACCAGCACCUAUUGCCCCUACUCCUGAGGCAAAGGGAAGUUAAAGGACAAACACUCGUCACCACUGGCACCGUGACAGCCUGCACCCAUCACACAAGACUGCACCACAGCGAGUGCACAGUGAGACUCUCUUGGCCCAGCUUCCCUGUUCUGAAGCCUACAAAAUGGACUAGAUGCAACUUAUUGUCCUCGGAUGACCCUACCAUGCAGCCUUUUGGGACUCAGAUGUCUUUGGACCCCCAAGCAGCUGCAGUGACCUCCCUUCCCCACCCACCGUUGCUAGAGGCUCUGCUUUGCCCAGGGACUUCCUGUCACAUGGAGAUGGGAGCACUGCCGUCCUGGGGGUCCUCCACUCUCUGUGCCACCCUCGAUUCCACCCUAGAAAUGAAGAAGCAUUGUCCUUAAGCCACCAGGAUCAGGCCUGGCAUCUAGCUUCCCUGCUCUAGCAGGUUGGAGCCUGGAUGUUGGAGGCAGCCUGAUCACAUUGCUCGUUGUACUCUGUACCCAUUGUGAGGAGGCAACGCUGGUGGACCUGCCUGGAGCUCUGCUCUUAGAUGUUUGUUUGUUUGUUUGUUUUAAUUUCUUUUGAGGAGCUGGGAAUUGAACCCAUGGCCUUGUGCAUUCCAGGCAAAUGUCGCAGGGCUGAUUUAUAUCCUCAACCCCAGCAUUUCACACUAAGCACCGAAGCUGCUGUGACUCCCAGCCUGGCUCACUCCCAGGGACCUGCAGCCUCUUGUAACAAACACGCAGCUGACUGGAUGACACGUCUACCGGUCUGUGGCAGCCUGGGGACUCUGGACUUACCCUUGGGCCAGGCAGGGAGAGUUCUGUUUACUCACCAGCUGCUCACUUCUGGAGGAAGCUGGGGCUCUGUGAGGAAUCACGAGGGGAGUUUCUGAAACUGCCUGGAUCUUUGGGGGAAAGUUGGAGCAGCUGGGUGCCACCAGGGUGCCAUCAGAGGCCUUAUACCAGGGUCUGGAUACUGGCCAGAAGGGAUGCGUGUGGGGGCUGGAUAGUUGCCCAGUUGCCUUGUGCAAGUACACAGUGGGUGUGUGGGCGUACACAGUGACCCUAAAGCUAUGUCAUGAUGACCACAUGGAUGCCACACUCCUGAGUGGAAGAUACUGUUAAACUUUCUCUCUCUCUCUCUCUCUCUCUCUCUCUCUCUCUCUC